UAGCUGUAAAGUGCUUCGAAACACUGAUCAUGUACAGUAAGAGACGGAUCGUCGUGCAGUACACGCGUAUUUUUGUCAUUCCGAUCUUCCUAAAAUCUUCAGACUUAACUUUUGUGGUGUUUAACGGUGGAUUUAUAUUGAGUUAGAAUUAAACACUUCAGUGAUCUUCAAGUGGUUCUGUCGAAUAAGAAAAAAAAUUAUUCAGAGAAAAGGACCAGAGACUAUAAUGAUCGUACAGUGAAACUUGAAGCAUAAAGUCUUCAGGACUUUAGUUUUUUUGGAUAUCUUAAGAUCACGGACCAACUUCCCAAGUGUAAAGGAUUUUAUUUAUUUGUAAGGUGAUCGUUGAUAUAAACAGAGAAAAAAAAUAUCGACAAGUGCCGGUUGCCAUGUGAUCAGUGGAGAUUAUAAACUCAUCGAUUGAUCGUGCAAGAAGAUUGAACAAGAGGAUUUAUUUUAGAAGAGUGAUCAUCUCUAAAGUUUGUGCAAAAUGCCUAAGAUAUUCUUGAUCAAGAACCGUCUGCAUCAGCAGCAAUUGCGCCUGUUGGAGGCACAGAAUCUCCUGGCUGCCAAAGAUGAGGAUCGUCUUGGCGGCUUGGCCACCAACAAUCAUGGAUCAGAACCAUCCAAUGGUGGAGAUUGUGAUGAACCCCUUCCAUUGGUGGCUAAGAAAAAGGAUAAGACAGAUUCCGUUCGAGAUAUAUUUGCCGAGGGGAAUCGUCUCUCACCGAGUCCACCUGCUCCCGAAUCCUCCACAAAUCGCACACCAGCCCAGAGCAGUGAAAAAGCACCCGAUCGACCCUUUCCCCCCGCCAGGCGCUUCAUUUCAUCCAUAUUGGGUGGUGACAUUCCCUACGGCAGUCGGAGUCAUAUUCUGACUCAGGCCGAAAGGAAAGAAUACCCCAAACCUGGGCUUCAACCGCCUCGGAAAGAUCCCAAGAAGGAGACCAAAGGUGUGGUACUGGUGGAAGAAAAGCCCAUUGUGCCCGAGGAGAAGCUCAUUAAUUUAUCAACCACGGCCUCCAGCAAGGUGAUCAGCAGUGAUAGCAAACCCAGUCCAGCGCAGCCCCCAGAGGCAGCGGUGCGAUGUUCUGUGAUACAGCGCACACCAUCCACUAAGCCACAGUCCACUCUCGUACCCGCCAGACCCAAUCCCAAGUGUCCGCCUGGGCCACAGCGAAAGGAGGACGAUCCCACGGACGUCAAAGUGCCCCUAUCUAUGCUGGCGGCGCAUCUUGAACCAGAACAGGAGCAUCCCAUCGACUACCACAUUCCCAAACAGCGCACAGACGAAUUUGACGAGCGCGAGGCAGAGAAAAAAUCCCGUGAGGCCAGACGUAGCAGCGCCAUUGUGCUGCGACCCGUUUUCUCAAUGCGUUUGUUCCACCGUGCCGGUGGAUUGGGCAAGAUCAAUGGCAUCAUGUCUGCUGCCGCUGGUCAUGGUCGUUCCGUCAAUAGCGGCAAUGGCAAUCAGAGUGGUCAGAGUUCGAGUGGCGGCGGAGGUUCCAUCAACUUCGGAGGAUCUUCUGGAGGUGGUGGAGGUGCCAGUGGGGGUGGGAAUGGUGUGAGCGGUGGCGGAGGAGUGAGCGGAGGCGGCGGUGGAGCUGGAGGAGGAAUGGGCGGUAGGGAUGGACGAUCAAAUUAUGGUCCAAAUAGUCCUCCAACGGGAUCCCUGCCACCGUUCUAUGAGAGUCUAAAAGGUGGUCAGGGUGGCAUGAAUGCCUACAAUGCGGCCAAUGGUAACUUCAUCGGACACAAUGGAUACCUGAUGAACAGUAACAUGGGCAUGGAUUGCGAUGGAAGUGCAGAACUUACGAAUCUAAGCGGUUAUACGGAUACAACGACUCAUGGAGGGAAGCAGUACUCAAUGCUACAGAAUGCAGCUUAUGGGAUUCAUCUGAAAGACGAGCAGGAUCUCGAUUAUGAUACCAAAAUGGAUCAAUUAUCCCUUAAUUCCAACCUCAUGCCCAAUUCCUAUUCCGGCUAUGACGUCAAUGACUCAAUGAUGGUGGAUUUGUCGGGAAAUGUUGUGGAUCCGCUGCAAUUCACAGCUACCCUGACAUUUUCCUCACCAGCCGAACAUGCUCUCCUGGACAGUCUGACGGACGCCGUGGAUCUGUCCAGUUUCCUGCAGCGACUGCCCAGUGAUGAUCAACCCAGUCCCGGUAAUGAACUGGAACUGUCAUCAACGCCCUCCCUAACGCCCGAUUCCGUGUCCAUUACGCCCGUGGACUCGUGCCUUGAGCCCUUCCCUGAGAAUUUCUGCAUGGGCCGAAAUGGUGGUGGACCCAUGUACGAUCGCAGUUUCGGUGUGAUGCCAAAUGGCAAGGGACUGUACCAUCAUCCACCAGAAAGUAACCCACCUCCUGGCUACCAGCAGCAGCGUGACUGCCACCAGAUGCUGCCAGAUCAUCAGUCACAUCCAGUGCAAUUGAACUUUACCUCGCAGCCCAGCAUCGAUCUGGACUCGCAGAGCAACAUCAGUCUACCGUCCCCGGCCAGCGGAGUGACAUCGCUGGAUGGGACAUCGACAACACCACCCGACACCAAGCCCAUCAUCCAGUCCGUAAGUGUGAGACGGGAGACGUCACCGUUAGUUAGCGAAACCAAAAUGCAAUUGUUGCAGCAAAGGCUGGGACUACCCGCAGAAGUGCAAUUGGAAUUUGUGAAUGGGGGUCAUGGGAUCAAGAAUCCUCUGGCCAUUGAGAAUACUCACGGUCAUCGGCUUCGGGAUGAGGAGAAGAGCAAACACAGCAGUGCUGCGUGUCCAGUAUCUGAGGAUGAUCCCAAUAAAUUUGUCUGCAGGAUCUGCUCAAAGACAUUUACACUGCAGAGGCUCCUCAAUCGUCACAUGAAGUGCCACUCGGACAUCAAGAGGUACCUCUGUACCUUCUGCGGCAAAGGCUUCAAUGACACCUUCGACCUCAAGCGCCACACGCGCACCCACACCGGCGUCCGGCCCUACAAGUGCAAUCUCUGCGAGAAAUCCUUCACGCAGCGCUGCUCCCUCGAGUCACACUGUCUCAAGGUGCACGGGGUGCAGCACCAGUAUGCCUACAAGGAGAGACGCACAAAGAUGUACGUGUGCGAAGAAUGUGGUCAUACAACCAGUGAACCCGAAGUUCAUUAUCUCCACCUGAAGGAGAAUCACCCAUACUCACCAGCACUCCUGAAAUUCUACGAUAAGCGCCACUUCAAAUUCACAAAUUCACAAUUUGCCAACAAUCUGUUGGGACAACUCCCGAUGCCAGUUCACAAUUGAAUCCUGCGAAAAACCAAUAGAAAAAAAUUAGAAAUUCUUGCUUUCUAAAUAUUGGAAAUUUAUCCCUUUGACCCAAUUAGAGCCCCAGAAUUUUUCUUUUAAGUGAUUCUUUUUGGGAAUUGCGACAGAGACAUUUAUUUUUGAAAUUCUUUCAACAUUGAAUUAUUCCUUUUAGCGAUCAUUUCUAUAAGUUUAUUUAUUUUGAACUUAAUAUCCCUCUGAAUUCACCAAGAUUUUCCCCUAUUUACUAUUACAUUUUUUUUUAUUAAAAAUGUUGUAAAAUCAAAAUUUUUACAACAUCUCAAGUCUGAUUUACUAUUAUGUAUUUUUUUCUCGAAAAUGAAUUAAAUAAUAAUCUCAUUUAAGGACUUUAAGUGAAUAAUAUAUUUUUUUUUAAUGAACUCUACACAAAUAUUCAAAAGAAUAAAAAUAAAAAGAAGCAAAAGAAUAAAAGAUGAAUAGACUGUUGUUGCUGUUGCUAAUGAAGAUAUUUUUUUUUAAUUUAGUUCAAAAUGAUCUUAUAAAUCUGUGAGUGAGAAUCCCUAACCCUUGAUCGUGAUCAUUGAUUUUCAAUGAUCAUCUUCAAUGGUAGCCAAUAAGGUCAUUUUGACAUCAUUACACAGCCAUGCAAUAUUUUUAUUUAACUUCUAGUUUUUAAUUGUGACGAAAAAAAUUUUCCUAAAUAAAAUCUUCUUCAGAGCUUUCA